AUGCCUGACCCACAACCCCCGGCUCCGUUCUUAGGACCGGUCUCUGCCGGGAGUUCACAACCGGAGUCUAGCCAGAGCCAGAGCUCGCAUUAUUCAAGAAGGGCCCGUCCUCCCGAUCCGCGUUCGGACAUGGGUGACGCAGAGAAAGUGCCACUGAAACUGGAUGUCGGGGAAAAGGCUCAUAAGAGGGAGUCGCGGCUAGGGCUCAGGAGUCUCUUUGCGAGAGGAAGGGGUGGACUCGAUGUGCGGGAUCCCUCUCAAAAGUCAAGCGGUCUGCGAGCUUCUCUGGCUGAACUCAGCUGGCCAUAUUCUUCGCAUCAUGCCCAGGGACAUCGCUCCGAACUUUCGCUGCCAACUGUUCCGAAAUCACCACUGCCUGGCCAGAACCUCAGACACAAGAAAUCCGCUAGUGCCGUCCGUACCCAGUCGACCACCGAUGGGCUGGCCGCAUGGAACCCUCCACCGCUGUUCCAGGCUUAUCCGCAGGCCAUCAAGUCGGCUCGUCUUCCCGCCUGUACCGCCUCUGCUGAGACUGUGCUCCGGUUGUAUAAUCACAAGAGCAAUGGCUCACUGGUGGGUGUUCUUAGCCCCGGUACCUCUGACAUACCCGGGGAAUCAGCUGGCAGCGAGAAAACCGACAAGCCACGACGCAAGCAUCGAAGGAACCUUUCUGGAUCGACGAGCAAGUUCGAAUGGACGACCAAAGAAUAUGUUUUGGUCACAUCAGGCUACCUUCUCCAGUACUCGGGUGAGGGUGCCUUCGACCGGCUACCCGAAAAGGUCCUGCAACUGGGAAAGGAGUCGGCAGCUUUUGCUAGCGAUGUUAUUCCGGGCCGUCAUUGGGUUAUUCAAGUGUCGUCGGUGGUGGAGCCAGAGCGUGUUCCUACGUCGCACUCAUCUCUCCGUUCUCGAUUUCCCUUCCGUGGCUCGGAGAAGAAGUACUCGUCAACUAUGUUGAUGGUUUGCGAGAGUGCUGAGGACAUGGAGAGCUGGUUGACAACACUCCGGCGGACAAUUGAAAAUCUGGGUGGUAGAAAGAUCUUGUCAGAAACAGGCAAGCCAAAGCACGAUGACGAGGAUCCGCGACUGAAGAACCAGGCGAGCCAAAGGACAUUGGUGGUGAAGGAUCCCGAUCGCUUCUCUCGAGUCCUCUCUCCUGAAAAGCGUUGGAGUCGGACUGGAACAGUGAAUUUGGAUUCCCACCAUGAACAUCACGACGAUCCGGCGCGUGACCAGUCUCGCGAUGACACAUCGACCCUAAGCUUCAUCUCGCAUGACGGGAGACAGCUUGACUCUCUGAGAGAUAGCACGAACCGCCUAUCUUACAUGUCAUCUGGUCAGCGAACAAUGCUGACCUCUACCGGCUCGUCACCCGCGUGCUCCCCUAUUCGCGACUCAUUCCUCGAUUUAGAUCCUCCGGCUUCUGAGCUGCCCCCACUCGAGGAACAGAAACCAAGGCCACGGCCCAACGCCAUGGCUAUCGUCAACAGACGACAGUCAUUGCAAGCGAUCAACCAUGUGGUAGAGAUGCGCAUCGCCGCUUCCCAGCCCACAGGUCCUCUCGCUGGCCUGCUUAAUCCUAGCCCCUCCGACGCUCCCUCGCAGCAUACGGUGCCCAACUUCAGCAUGCCACAUGGACUCAACAAAAGACAUUCUCUUGGAAAGGGACCUCAAAACGGUCCGUCGAACCCCUCGAGUCCUCUGUCACCCCCUCGUGUAAGCGCCAGGAGACCUCCUCCGUCGGCCAUAGCGAUCAAUCCGCGUCCUCUCUCUCUUGUCAUUGACCAACCCUCGCCUGGGGUAUCGCCGUCAAUCGGGGGUCAGAUGGAGUCAGAGAAGACGGAAAGCCCUCCCUCAGACACGCCUAACACGUUGUCGAUUCCAUCUGCGUCGCUUCAGCAGGAAGACUCGGAUGAGCUACCACAAACGGAUGCUGUGGGGCUUUCGGAAGAUACUGAUCUGAUACCAAACGGCCAACCAUUCAACAACACCAUUACAGAGCAUAACGUCCGUUGGCCGUUUCUGGAGCUGCAUGAAAUUCCUCGCUGCCAUACUUCUUUGGGCACAUACGGAGGCAUUCGCGAGACAGACAGUAGAGCACCGAUGCAAAGCAUGCGGUCCCGGAGGCUCAGCUUCACCUCUCCGCGCGAUACUAUCGGGCCAUGUCCUCCAAGCGACACCUCGCAACGCCCUCGUACUCCGUCUCUGAAGCCCAUGCCAAGAUCACAGCAACUCCGAGCAAAUGCUCAUUACCAGCAACAGCCAAUUGUGACCAAACCACAGAGUAUGUCUCAACUUGUCGAGGGUCCUCCUCCGGCUCCACCGCCCAACCGCGCUCUUCCUCUUCCCCCGGUGGCAUCACCUCCUCUCAAGCAGCGUCGGGCGUUCUCUCCUCCGCCACCCCCUCAGCCGCCAGCAUCAGCAUACGCCGUUCCUCCGCCAAAAGCUCCGCCGCCGAACAGGGCGUUGCCCCCGAUUCCGCAGAAACUGCCAUUGAGGACGGACCUUAACAGCCCUCCACCAGGGUUCAUUUGA